UACUCGCUGCUUAACAUUUCCCGAAACUGCAAGGUCUUGAGAGGUUACUGUUAAAAUAGACACUUCAAGGUAGUGUCUCUUAAGUAAUCUGGUAUCUUGUACGUCGCACAAUUUGUAUCGAUAAUUCGAGCGAUCGGCGAAUAAAAGGCAAAAUGGCAGCCCGUUCUCUGUUCAGAUAUACUCAGUCCAAAAGUGUUAUACCCCAAUUUCACAGAUGCUCUGCUACUCUAUCAGCCUAUGAGAUUCAGCACAGAACCCCGAGUAUUAAAAAAGUUAUGCCUAUACCUAAGGCACACUACGGUGGCCGACAUACUGUCACACUUUUACCUGGUGCUGGUAUUGGUCCCGAAUUAAUGAACUACGUAAAGAAGAUUUUUCGAUAUGCCGGUGUACCAGUUGAUUUCGAAGAUGUAGACAUCGAUCCGAAUGCCCAUAACAAUGACGACCUCGAUUUUGCGAUAACUUCGAUCCGAAGGAACGGAGUCGCUCUUAAAGGGAAUAUCGAAACUCGAAGCCGCGAAGCGGGAGUUCUUUCAAGAAAUGUCGCCCUACGUAAUCAGUUAGAUCUCUAUGUAAAUGUUGUGCAUUGUGUCUCGUACCCAAGCGUUCCGAGUCGCCAGAAAAACAUCGAUAUCGUUAUCGUUAGACAGAAUACAGAGGGCGAGUAUGCCAUGCUGGAGCACGAGAGUGCAAAUGGAAUUGUAGAGAGUAUGAAAGUCAUUACUCGUUCAAAUUCAGAGCGAGUGGCUCGUUAUGCAUUUGAAUAUGCCAAACGUAAUGGACGGAAGAAAGUCACUACGGUGCAUAAGGCGAAUAUCAUGAAAUUGUCGGAUGGCCUUUUUCUUGAGAUUUCUCGCAAGGUUGCCAAAGAUUACCCAGACAUAAUACAUAACGACAUGAUCAUCGACAAUUGCUGCAUGCAACUAGUUUCAAAUCCUCAUCAAUUCGACGUGGUAUUGACGACAAAUCUAUACGGUGCAAUAGUUUCUAACGUUGUGUGCGGCUUGCUUGGUGGUGCUGGUUUAUUAGCGGGGAAGAAUUUCGGCGAUCAUUACACGAUUUUUGAGCCAGGCACUCGUAAUACCGGCAAGCGCAUUGCUGGAAAGAAUAUUGCAAAUCCAAUUGCGAUGCUAAAUGCAGCUGUCGAUAUGCUUCGCCAUCUUGGCCAUAAGAAACACGCGGUAUUAAUACAAAAUGCAAUUAACAAGACGAUCAGCGAAGGUGUGCUUACUAAAGAUCUCGGAGGCCAAGCAAGCAGUACAGACGUUAUCGAUAAUAUCAUGAAGCACAUUAAGAUUGGUGCAGUUUAAAAAGACUGAACAUUGUAACUAGAAGGAUUUAGGAGCUAAUUCAGGACAAACGCGUUUCUAAUGGGAAAUCACUGAUUGAAAAAUGUGAAAUACCUGUUGUAGCAUACCAUUUUGAGCUGUGAUUAUCUUACUCAGCAUACUAAUGUAAUAUUUAUAAUUACGGUCAAAGUUCUAUUCGCUAUUUUUAAUAAACAUGUGAAUUUUACUAGUCGCACAAACAAGAUGUCUUAGGCAGUGGAUACUGUAUUAGAACGAGAUCGUGAGAGAUCUAUUGUACAGUAUGAGAAAUGUAAACCUAUUAUGGUUCACCAUACCUUGUAUCAUAUUGCAAAAGUAUUAUAAUUAGUGUAAAUGAAUCGUCCUUUUAUCGCCACUUUAAUCAUGCCUUGUAAGUAACAAUUUCAAGAAGGUGCCAAACAACCUCUACGAAUGUACUUUAAAUCAUCUUAAAUUAAAUGCCACUCGUCCAA